GUUUGUCCAAUAUGGCGGCGCCCAGUAGCGGUGUGAACUGUGAGGAGUUCGCCGAGUUCCAGGGAGUGAUAUUCUUGAAGAUAAUCUCAACAGAUUGAAUUAUUUGACAAACAUCAUUUGGUCAAAGAAGUUUCUGUGGAGUCUUUCCAGCAUUAUAUACCCUUUUCACCACUUCAGCUGCGCAGAUUAGAUCAGCACAACAGCAGCAGACUUCAAAUGUGAUCAAAAUGCCUAACAAAUACAAAUAUUUGUAAAAAUCUUAAAUAAGGAAUUACUCAAGGUGAUGAGGACGAUUGAUGACAGAAUAGUACAUGAAUUAAACACUACGGUUCCAACAGCUUCCUUUGCAGGGAAAAUUGAUGCCAGCCAAACCUGUAAACAACUUUAUGAGUCUUUGAUGGCGGCUCAUGCCAGUAGGGACCGAGUCAUAAAAAACUGUAUAGCUCAGACCUCAUCAGUAGUAAAACAGCUCCGAGAAGAGAGAGAAAAGAAUUCGGACAAUUUAACUUUAUUAAAGCAACUUAGAAAAGAACAGACAAAGUUGAAAUGGAUGCAGUCAGAACUGAAUGUUGAAGAAGUGGUAAAUGACAGGAGCUGGAAGGUGUUUAAUGAACGCUGCCGAAUUCACUUCAAGCCUCCAAAGAAUGAAUAAAAAGAUACUUUUUUAAAAAAAGGACUGGGUCAUCUCAUAAGAGUUAAGCAUGACGGACAUCAACAUGGUGGGCUUCCUAGGAAGAUUUCUGAGCCAACAGUCCAAGACCUUUUGUU